AUUUUAUUCGAGAGUUACUGCCCGUUGUGUCAAGGAAACAUGUAAACUUCCUCUGAGAUUUUUUUUUAUUAUUGAACUCAUAGAACGGCCUAAAUAUUUAUUUUUGUGCCAUGGCAUUAAGUUAAACAUGUUUAAUAUGUUUAAAUAAUAUGUAUACUUCAUGUAAUAACAUUAUAACUGAAAUACCGUGCGAAAUAAAUCUGGACAAAAACAAACAACAUGGCGGCCAGUGCCAAAAUGUCGUUUAAUCAUUAUCAAAAUGGAAAGUACGGUACAUUGCCACAGAAUACAAACAACGAUAUGGAGGUUACACAGGAUAUGCAUCUUAAGAUGUCAAAAAAGAUUGCACAGCUGACAAAGGUUAUCUAUGCGCUGAAUACUAAAAAUGAUGAACAUGAAGCUGUGCUCCAACAAAUCAAAGAACAACAUGAGGAAGAAUUACAGCAGCUACUGCAAGGAAACAAAAAGAAAAAAUUGCCCAGUUUAAAGAGAAGAUAA